UUUGACCAGAGCUCGGAGCAACAACAGAUGUAUACUUUAUGCUGUUUUUUCUGUUAUAAUUCAAGAGGAAUGCCAGAUUUACGAAAAUGAGCAACACACCCACCCAGGACCCGGUGGUCCAGGGGCUUUCCUCUGACAGUGGGCAGACGUUACCAUCCAGACCUCUGCAGUCCAUCCCUGAGCCUUCAACUUCGAAACGAGUAUGCUUCUACAGAAGUGGAGACUAUACAUUCAAUGGGCACCGCAUGAUCAUUACUGCCCGCACCUUCAAGACAUUUGAUGCUCUGCUGGAUGCUCUGUCCAAGAAAGUGCCUCUGCCCUUUGGAGUUAGGACCAUCACCACACCUCGUGGAACUCACUUCAUCAAAGCUCUGGAUGACUUGCAGGAUGGGGGAGCUUAUGUGUGCUCUGAUCAGAAGCGUGUGAAACCUCUAAACCUGGAAGAGGUCAACCGGCGGCAGGUUCCAUGGAAUACCACGAGACCGCUCAGUGUAGGGCGUCGAAGGCGGCAAGGACUCAGAUUGGGCCAACUUGGUAAAGGAAAAAAUAUAGCCAACAGGCCGGCAAAGGUCACCGAAAGGGUGGCCGUAAAGACACCAAAGAAGCUCGUGGUUAUCAAAAACAGAGACCCUUCUGUCAAACGCACGGUCGUGUUGCAGAGAAGAAUAGCGCCAACAUUUGAUGCUCUGCUGGAUUAUUUGUCUCAGAUCCUGCAGUUUCCAGUGCUGAAACUCUACUCCACAGACGGCAGAAGAGUUGAUGGUCUUUCGGGCCUUAUCUUGUGCUCUGGAGUGGUUGUGGCUGCAGGCAACGAGCCCUUCAAAUUAGGAAACUACAGUUUUCACACAGCAGGCCAGAAUGCUCAGAUCAUGUACAUAGAGAAUGUGGAACCGCCAACACUUCCGUCAAGAAGCAAGGGGAAUAAAUCUUUCUCAAGUGGAAGAGGCUCAAGGAACUUCUCCCUGUCUUCAGAAAGAUACAUCGUCAACCAGAUAGCCAAAUCUCAGAAUGGAAACAUGAGUGACCAUCUGCAUGACCACAAUGGAUCUUUUGAAACAGAGGCCAGCCAGCAUCAUGCACCGAUGGAAGCUUGUGGAACUCGGGGGGCAGAUGAUCAGCGUCAGACUUCGAUUGUACCACAUGAUGAUGACAUCGAAAAGUCUUUCCGUAUUAAUCAAGAUGGUAGCAUGACUGUGGAGAUGAAGGUUCAUCUGACCAUUAAGGAGGAGGAAAUGCUCCAAUGGACGACCACACUCAGCCGCUCUAGCCUUAACAAGAGGACGGUCUGUGCCUCUGUGUCUGGGUCAGGCAACAGCUCACCUGACUCAAACAACGCUGUUGCCAAAGAUUCUCCAACCAUUAAAGAGGAUGAAAGGAAAGAGGAGAAUUACCAUGAUGGAGCUGGAAAGGGUCUUGGCUUUGAUGAGGAGCGAUUGUAUGAAGGCUACUCUUCAACAGCUUCGGGUAAAGCCAAAACAAGCCUCAAGCGAACUCCUACACCAGGCCCUCGACAUGUUAAGAAGAAAACCUCAGUUGAGAGUGUGAAAAUGAUUACAGAAACAGGGGUUCAAGAGAGCACCCUGGGGCAUUACUCCUACAUGGAGAGGACAGCUGAUGGCGAUACAACCGAGGGAUACUGUGUUGUCAGGCACAGCAGCAGCAGCAAUCGACCGAUCCCAAAGCCUCGGAAAAUCGCGUCAGCAGGAGCCAAUAACAACAACCGCUCCUCCCUCAGGUCAUCCGGGGUGGCUGAGGUGCUUCAGAUACAGAAUGAUGGCAUGGAGGUUACAGAGACUGUGAUGCACAUUUAUGAGAGCCAAGGCUGCUUUGACAACUACGUUGCAAAUGACGAAUACAGUGUAGAAGGCAAGAAGACAAUCAGCAAGCCAAAAUCCAUGAUAGAAUAUAGUCUGUCACCACCCAAAAAGUCUUUAGAGCUGAGUGAGAGUGGUUCGAUGCCUUCUCUCAACCCCACCCCUUCUGAAAUCCACCAGUAUGUUGAAAGCUGGUUGGAGAAAGUCAGCCCAGACCAAGUGCCACACAUAGAGGAGGAAAUCGUGGACGGAGCGGAAACUCGGACAAAGGUCAUAUUUAAGUUAGGCGAUGACUCUGAAUCGGAUGAAGUAAACGAAUGCCAGAGCCAUUCAAAUGAAACUAUGAAGAAAUCAUCCUCUUGUCUCUCAGUCCCUCUUUACCGCGAGGGUCCACCAUCAGCUCUGCUGCCCAUUGAUCAUAUCUCGCGAGGUUUAUGUGUGUCAAUGCCGAGUGUCCGAUCUGACCCCGUGCACCAGGAGGACACGCUGAGGUUGCACAAAUCGGCAGAGGCCAUUGGUCCCACUGACAGCGAGAUAUCCACGCCCAACGUUUUAAACCCCAAAGCGAAGAUAAAACCUGUCCUUCGGCAGCUUUGUUCGUCUAUCCAGUGUAUCAGAAGAGCAUCUACCAGCAACACAGCGUCAACUCUUCAGAAUUCCAACAGCGUUCCUAAUUUCUCAACACAAGUGACGUCAGUGUUCGGCUCAUCAUGCAAAGCCCUGCUGUCAUUCCUGUCAGUCAUGACUUUGAGAGACAACCUGAAAGGCUCUGGAGAGGGAAACCAGUCGGCAAGCACUUCGGAAGCCAUGCUGAUGAUGGAAUCUAUACAGAAAAUAUCUACAAUUGAAGAUGAGGAAGAUCAGAGAGCGAGUCUGACAGAUUUGCAAAGCAGAGCUUCUUCCCAGCUAAGAGAGCGGUGGAACGAUUUCCGCAUUUUGCGGGAAAGGCUUGAAAGUGAACCUCUUUCCCCUCGAGUGUCAGAGACGGAGUUUGCAUUAGAUGUCAUGUCAGAGGGUGGCGAUGUGUUUGAAAAUCAGGAUCUGCAACUUAAUGAACUGAUGGAUGAGUUGAACAUGCCACAAGACCUCAGAGAAGAGAUUACCUCAACAAUCCAACAGGUCAAAAGCUUUUACCCUGUCGAGGAGAGCACAUACGUUGAAAAUGUUAUAAACCAGUCGGAAACGGAGGACGAAGUGGAACAGUUUGUCAAAGACUGCACAGAUGACACAAAAGAGCUUGAUAAUACGCUUGAGGACAUAACUGAGGCCACACAGGCUAAUGAGGAUCCUAAAGAUGGCGAGGAGUUACAGACAGAAAGCAGUGAUCCAUCAAAAGUUGAGGAGAACACAGUAGAGCGAGCAGAGGACAAAGAACCUGAAUACAUAGCAGAUUUAGAAGCGGAUGACGAGAAUGACUAUCAAGAACAAGUUAAUGAGAAAGAUUAUGAAGAGGGGGUAAUAGAGGAAGAGGAAAAUAAUGAAGAAGAAGGGGAUGGAGAGGAAGACAAAGAAUCUGACACAGAAUCUAUUGAGAAAGUCCUGGAGGGAACAGAGGGAGAGAUGACAGGAGAUGAAGAGGAGGUGGGGGAGAGAUUAGACACAUUGGAAAAAGAGGAAUCCGAAGGGAAAGCUGAAAGAUCAGUGGGCGAGGAAACAGGGGAGGACAACAGUGGUGAAGAUACAGAUGAGAGACAGGGUGCUGAAGACACUGAGGAGGACAAUAAAAGUGUGGAAGUGGAGACAGAAGAGAAGGAAGAUGAAAACGAAGAGUUAGCAGAGGCUGAAAUGACGCAGAUAGAGGAGGGAGAAGAAGAUCCUGAGGAUGCAGAAGAGGAUGUGAAACAUGGUAUUGAGGAAAAUGCUGGAAUUAUUGAUGAAGAUGCGGAAGAGGGGCAAGAAGAGGAAGAAGAGCAGGAGGAGGAAGAAACGGACCAAAUCACUGAGAAAGAUGUUGAAGAGGAGGUUAUUGAGGAGAAAACUGUGGAAAGCGAGACUGAUGUUGAUGAAAAAGAAGAAGAGAAAGAGCAGUUUGUAGGAACAGUUGGAGAGGAAAAUGGUGGUGAAGAAAACAGUGAGAAACAGGAAGAAAGAGAAAAGGAGGACAGUUAUACAGAUGAAGAUGGAGAAGAAGAAAACUGUGAUGUGGUCGGAGAGAGCAGAAGAGCUCUUGAGAAAACAGUUUGUUGUCUGAAGGAAGAAUCAGAAGAAGAGAAAGAAGUCAUAGAUGAGUUAGAGGUUGAAGAAAACAUGUCAGUAGAGCAGAUUGGAGAUGAUGAGGAGGAAGAGGAGGAUGUUGAUGAAGAAAAUAUGUCAGAUGAGGGAUUAAAGCAGGUGGAGGCUCACUCAACGGAUGAGAUGGGAAAUGCUUCUGAAGAUGCGAACAGUUCUGCUGAUGAUGAGGAUUGUAAAAGUGUAGAAGAGGCCCCUUGUUUUCAGCAGCCCGGUUGUCGCUCUGAUGAGGAAAAAUCCAAACAUAGCACAGAAUCUCCAACCAAAUACUCUUCUGAGGGCCAGUGUGAGGACGACAAAGGCUCAGAGAGUGCUCAGGGAACAGACGAGGGAGGGGAGGAGUGUGAGGGCAGCAGCAACAGUUCUUCACAUCCGGUGGAAAUAUCCCAGGAAUUACUAGACUUCGUGAAUGAUGCCCUCCAGUCCUGUGCACUUAUCUUCACAUACGACACUCAGGGCAAAGUCAGGAUCGAGCCUGAGAAUGCCCGAGUUGUACAAACAAAACAGAAUAUGAUGCCAAAAGGCAGAAAGGAUAGCUCUUAUGGUUUGAAAUGUCUCCCUAGUCCAAUUACUUCUGAUCUAUCUGAUUAUAGGCCAGAAACAUCAGAAAGUGGAGGAUACAAAACUCAGGAGUCCUUAGAAAUUGCCUCGGAGAGUGGAGAAGAGGUUUUGGGGAGACAUUUUCCAGCACACCCCCAUUCAGCAAUGAUUGAGAGAUCAAAUUUAGAGCCGGAGGGCUCAAAACUGUCCGAGGCAAAUAGCUCAGACGCGUUGCACAACUCCUGUGACAGGAGUUUUUCUUCCACCGACACAGGCAUUAAAGACUCCAGGGAAGAUCUUUCUCAUCUCAGUACUGCAAGCUCCUUAAAAGCAGUCGCUGAGCCUGACACACACAACGUACAAAGUAUUUCGUUCACCUCUGAUAAAGACUCAGGUGAUGGGGUUUUAAUUGAUAGAGGGAGAUGGCUCCUAAAAGAGAACCAUUUGAUAAGAAAAUCACCUCCAGUGGCUGUGGGAAUGUAUGGAGACGUAGAUAGCACAUCCAUGGACACAGGUCAGGAGAACACGAGCGAAGAUACCCCUCCUCACUCUAAAAUCCAGCACAGUCCCCUCGUAGCCAUUUCUUCAUCAGAGCUUGAGGACAUGGCAAAGCCUCUAACUCCAAAGUGCACCUACUACAACAUGCCACACGGAAGUGACUCCGACCCCUUCUUCGACGACUCCAGCAUCAGAAGUGGAAAGCAUGAUCUGAUCAGCGUGAAAGGAAGAGGCGUCAGGGUGUCGCCUGUGGUUGACACUUCCAAAACCUGGGCAAACAGAAAUGGCAGCAUGUCAUCGUUCGCAUCCGUCGAGUUUAAAAUCCCUGACAGAAAAGUGCAUCCUGAGUGUCAGACCUCCGCUGUGACACAGGAGGGAAGGACCUCUGGUGGGGAACAGGUCGCACUGCAGGCACAAGACUCUCUGGACUCUCUUCAAUUGAGAUGUAGCCAGUACUGCCCAAUAUUAUAG